AUGACUCGCAAACACUUCCUAGCGGAUGUUAAAGAAGCAUCUGAGAAAGGCAUCCCUCAUGUCAUCUCAAUCAGUCGGGGAGAUGACGAUGGUGAUGUAAACUUUUGCUUCUUGCAUGAUUCUACAGAACCCAUAGAAAUUGGUCUCUUAGCACUAGAUGUCUCCGAGUACCCAAGUGGGAAUAAUUUCAUGAUUUUCACCAAGUCCGAAGGGGCUCCAAAGGCUGUCAACGAAGCACUGGAACGACUCAUGACCUCCUCAACUGGCGUACGUUUACCAGAAUUGAUUAGCAGUAUUUCAAAAAAGCUACAGACAUUACUUUCAGCAGGUUCACGAAGAUCUCCUAUCAGUCUCGACGAAGAGGAUGAAGAUGAUGAGAUGGAAGAUGCGGAAGAGGACGAAAGCGAAGAUGACUCUGGCUUUUCUGACGAAGAGGAAGAAGACUUUCCAGACGAGCCAACAACCUUUUCUAAUGGUAAUGAUGUAUCAGUAUCGACUAGUAGACUCACACUAGAGGCUGCUGCACAACUGAACCGACGCAUUCGAGCAGACAUGCGCACUGUCCGAUUGCUGGGUCAUCGGAUCGGAAUUCUAAAUGGCAUGAAGGCUGAAUCUCACAGUGGUAUCCUCAGCAUCUCCAUUCAGGCAACUAAGCUGGGUUUAUCGGAAGAGGCUAUGCAGGCUUGGGAUAUUGAGCCUCACCAGUAUUUGACCCUACUUAUACGCUACUCGGAUGGGUACAAAACAUACGAGGCACUGAUUGCCGAACCAGCCAAAAAUAGUGGGAUCGAUUUCCGUGUUGGAGUCUGUAAUGGUUAUAAGCCAUCGAUAGCUGCAGCAUUCUCGGCGUUUUCGGACUCAAACAAGGUCGGCGACAAAGCUUCUAACAACGACGGCUCUAAUUCACAGGAACAGAGCGGAGGAUUUUUCAAUAUAUUCAUCAGUAGCUCUCUGAACGAGUUCAUCAAUACAAAAAUGAUAUCAAUCCUCAAGAUCCGCAUCGCAACUGGUCUUGGAUGGGAGGAUGCAAAGAAGUUUUUGGAUGAACGCCAAGGACGACCACUUGAAGAACAUGCAGAUCUGUAUUCUGAAAAUGACUACUCGGACAAGGAUACGAUCAAAAGUCAUACAUCGCAGAUUUUAGCCAAUGAUCAUCUCACCGAUAAUGAGAGUGCCAGCUUGUCAUUUCCGCUUCUUGCUGCACAAUUUGCGCUGAUGUAUCUAGUCCGCUGCACAGAAUUUUGUCUCGUCUGCCAUGAUAAGAUUACAGGAGGAUUUGAGGCGUUGAAACCUUACGUUUGCGAAAAGCCAUUAUGUUUAUAUCAAUAUAUGUCCUUGGGUUUUGGACCUAGUGUCGAACAUGAGAUUCAAACUCAGCCUUAUGUUGUAGACCUUCUCCUGAACUUUUGUUAUACCAGUGCUUUUGGCGCUCGAAUUCGUGAGUAUCCCACAGGCAUGAGUCUUUCUGUUCCCUCCGCCAUCGUCGCCCUAGCGAGGUACCUCGCACCUCAAGACUUCUCCCCGGCCCCAGCUGUUGUAGAGCAGCCAAGCAAUGAUCGUCGAGACAGAGAGUUCAAGGUUAAGUAUAACAGCGAAGCUUGUGAGUUUACGUUCGAGGAAAUGUCUGAGAUCUUAAACCCUCCUGUUCGCAAAGGAGAUUGGGUCCGCAUUUUGUUUGGGCCCGGACCAGAUACGGUAGUUCAAGCGGUUCAUUCUAGAGUAGAGGAUGUAACUUCGAUGCCGAUUGUAAAACUUUCGCAACCAAUCCCGCAGAAGGUUCAAUCAACCACAUACCAAACUCCAGUGACCGAUCAUACACCAACAGUCAACCCCACCAACAUAAUUGCGGCUCGGAUGUCUAUUUACAAUCGCAAUUUCGACGAGAUGUCUAUCUCAGAAAAGUGUAGUACUAUAACAAUGCUUCUUGACACUUUACCAACCAUCCAAGAGUUGAGAGAAUAUAUCGACCGACAGAGCCGAACCGAAGAACCGAACCUUCGUAAAUGGACAGAGCGUAUAUCCCCAGCUGCUCUAGGUUUACUACGAUGGGUUAUAGCCUCUAAUCGCUCAUGCCUUGUUCAAGUCGAUAAAUGCCCUGGUCAAAUUGAUAGUGUUUUGGCUGAUGCAAAAAUCAGACCAGAUCAAAAGGUCUCUCAAAUUGGGGAAAAUUGGAUGCAGUUUCGUUUCGCACAAGGAUCGCCAGACAAGGAAGAGCGUUUCUUAAAUGCUCUUAAAGAACAGCAGACCUCUUUGGAUCCAAAGUAUCCUACCAUAUUUGCUUUUCAUGGUAGUGGACUGCAAAACUGGCAUAGUAUAAUUCGACAUGGAUUAGAUUUCAAAGAAACUCUUAACGGGCGAGCAUUCGGACAUGGCGUUUACCAUGCACAAGAUCAAAAUGUAUCUUGUCAAUAUAGUAAUGGUCGAAACAUUGCAGGUUCCUGGCCUGGAUCUCAACUCAAAAUUACGUCUGUGAUGAGCAUUAACGAGAUUAUCAAUUGUCCAAAUCAAUUUGUUAGCUCGAAUCCAUAUCUAGUAGUACAGCACAUCGAUUGGAUUCAAUGCAGAUAUUUGCUUGUUCAAAUUGAAGGACAGGUGAUUGCAACUCCAGCUUCGACUAGGGAGAUUCAGUCCGAAAUCGAGCAAGAUCCCAAAUAUACGGCAAGAUCCACAAACAAUAAACCUAUCGGUGUUCCAUACUGCGCUGCCUCAGUCUCUAGAGCAUUUCGUAAUGAUGGCGCCGGUAGUUCUUCCCCAUGUAAGAAACUGAAAGGAAUGUCUUCUUUGAAUGGGACUGGAUAUGUGAGCGAAGCGGAGGACAUUGAGGAUAUAAACUUUCUAAUUUCUGAUGAUGAAGAUGAAGUGGGAAUAUUAUCAUCUGGUUCUAAGAAUCUAGAGGCUUCAAAAACUGAUUUUGUUCCUGGAUCACUUGAUCAAAGUAAACUUCCAAUGCUGGGACCUCCAGCUUAUGCUACCCCGUCUGCAACUAUGCGUCUCAACAGGGAGUUAAAAGCAAUUCUUAACGUACAAAACUCUACACCCCUUCACGAAUUAGGAUGGUAUAUCGAUGAAAAUCUUGUUGAUAACAUAUACCAAUGGAUCAUCGAGCUACACUCCUUUGAGUCCACUUUACCACUGGCCAAGGAUCUCAAAGAAUCGGGACAAAACAGCGUUGUUAUUGAAAUUCGCUUUGGGAAAGAAUAUCCUCACAGCCCACCAUUUGUACGAGUUGUCAAGCCACGAUUCCUACCUUUCAUGUCUGGCGGUGGCGGUCACGUAACAGCCGGUGGAGCAUUAUGUAUGGAGCUUUUGACAAAUUCUGGCUGGAGUGCCGUCUCCUCGAUUGAGUCCGUUCUCUUACAAGUUCGUCUUGCACUUAUGAGUAUGGAUCCAAAGCCUGCACGUUUGGAAAGCAAAAAUCCACAGAAUCAAGGUGAAUAUGGAACUCAAGAAGCUAUGGCAGCUUUUAUCAGAGCGUGUAACAUGCAUGGAUGGGAGAUUCCGAAGGACUUUCAGGACUUUGCUGCCCCUGAUCAUGGCCAGUUUUGA